CGUGGUUACCCUUGGCCUUUAUUGUCUUAUUCGAAUGUGGUGUUGUUUGCGGAUGUUUUUGUGAUUUGUAAUUCGCACGUGGCACUCAUUAAAGUUUAUGUGUGCAAAGUUAUUCUUGAUUCUUAUACGACUAUAGUCAAUGGUAAACGCAUUUCUAACGCUAAUUCUACUUCAGCUAUUAAGGUGAAAAAAGUGCGUAUGGAACUGGUUAGAUCCCCAGGUCUUGUAGAAAUUUUAACAUCAGCAAACUGUAAAAUCGUAUGGUAUUACGCUAAAAAUAAUGAUAAUGUUCAAAAUUAUAAUAUAUUUUUACACUCAUUGAAAUCCAAUUUAAUACAUAUACUGGAAACACUUCUUAAGAAAAACGCCAUUAAAUUUAAUUUAAAACUAAAGGCCACUUAUAAUAUCCCGUGUGUGGAAAAUUCCUCAGAAAAUCGUGCAUUCAAAACAUCUGCAGUCGAGUUGUUUAGAGAGUCGGAUAUAUCAGCACUUGUUGAAGAAUCUUUUAUAAAAUUAUUAACGAAAGAAGAGACUUAUUCGGAGAGAGGAAGUGGAUUCGCGCUAGAAGCUGUAGAUGGAUUGUUAUUAGGGGUGUAUAAAUAUACACCAAUGUCUGUUUCAUCUUAUAUAGCCUUACCAGAUAGUAUCGAUAGAAAAAAGGGUACAAUCAAUCCACAAAAUACUGAUAAAUAUUGCUUCAAGUGGGUUAUAUUAGCUAAGCAUGUAACGGAGGAACCGAAAUGUCGUAUUGGUGAAAAUUAUCGCAGACACGAGGGGAAAUAUAUUUUCGAUCUUAUCUCAUUUCCAACUCCAUUAUCUGAUAUAAAAAUAUUUGAAAACAAUAAUCCACUCGUCUCCAUAAAUAUUUAUGGUAUUAAAAAGCAUUUCCAACCACCGAAAAAGUUCUCAACAUAUGAGGUUUUCCCACUCCGAGUUGUAGAUGAAGAAAAACGAGAUCACUUUGAUCUAUUAUUAGUGACGGAAAAUGAUAAUACACAUUACAUAUAUAUAUCUAAUUUUUCGAGACUCGUUCGGCCACAAAAAACUAGAUAUGAAAGCAAAUUAUUAUUUUGUAAGCGAUGUUUUACAAGUUUUGACAAUAUACCUCGAAAAUAUCAAUUGAGUGGACAGGCUGCGUUAGAGGAACAUGUGGAUAUGUGGAUUACAUAAACUGAUAUUACCAGUUAUGCCGGCAGAAGGGGAUUUUAUAAAGUUUGAUGCGUGGAGAAACACACAACGACAUCCCAUCGUUAUAUAUGUG